AUGGCAAAGGCAAAACCCACCAUUAUAUUGAGAGGUUUGAUAUCUCUUUCACUUUUGAUAGCAGCCAUUGUCAUGUUGGUAAGCUAUCAGAAGGUUGACAUAAUGCCCACAGGCACCAAGUUUAUUGCAAGAUACAGAGAUUGGGACAUUUUCACGAUGUCUAUGAUUGUUUACUUCAUCGGAAGCAUUUACAACUUUUCCGUCCUUUUUCUUUGUGUGGGGAGUAUGCUAUGGCGCCCAAUCAUAGUCGUGGACAUGAUACUGAUAAUGAUAAUUGGUGGAAGCUUAUCAGCAGCAUGGCAAACGUUUUCUCUGAUACAGAAUGGAGCUCCUUAUGUGGGCUGGUAUCCUAUCUGCAAAAUAGUCCCUCAUUUCUGCAGCUGUAUAAUUGGCUCAUUAAGUGUUGCUUCAAUUGGACUGGUUUUGCAACUGGUGCUGCUCCUCUGGUGUUUACAUUAUGUUCUUAAUUUUCUUUUGUUGGUGGAGUCUCCAUAUUAG